AUGUCUACUGACUAUCAAGAGAUCAAGGGGACCUAUUCUCCAAUACCCCUCGCGGGUAAACUCGCCCUCAUAACCGGCGCCACAGGUGGUAUCGGGAAAGCGACAGCCCAGCUUCUUGCAGCUCGUGGCGUUCACCUGGCGCUACACUUUCGAUCGUCCGUUUCCGCUGCUCAGGAGCUUGCCGCCUCCCUCACCAAAGCGCACGGGGUUCGCGCUCGAGUGUACCAAUGCGAUCUGGGAGACUUCGAUGCGGUUCGCACGAUGCAUGCAACUAUAGUUCGAGAAAUGGGCGAGAUCGAGAUUCUUUACAACAACGCGGCGAACGAAGGGACGAUUAUGGGCAUCCAGGGGCGCAUCGAGGAUGUUAGUUUGGAGGAGAUGGAGAGUUGCUGGCGCGUAAACACAGGAGCUUCGUUCCUUCUUGCACAACUUACAGUCCCCGCUAUGGCGCGCGCUGGGUUCGGACGAGUCGUCUUCUGUACCUCAGUCGCUGCGGCCACAGGCGGAGUCGUUGGCCCUCACUACGCUGGAUCAAAGAGCGCAUUGCAUGGCAUCAUGCACUGGAUCGCCAAGAACUACGCGCGAGAUGGCAUAACAUGUAACGCUGUGUCACCAGCCCUCAUCACCAACACGAAGAUGUUCGCGAAUGCGACAGACGAGCAUCGCAAGCUCAUUCCUCUACAGCGAUUCGGACAACCCGAGGAAGUAGCGCAGGUUGUCGAGCUCCUGCUGACGAACGCUUACAUGACAAACAAGAUCAUAGCUGUCGACGGAGGUAUGCAGCCCAGCGCAUAUGCCUGA